AUGGAUGCCAGGACCCGAUCCCACGACGAUUAUACGGUCGGAUGGAUUUGCGCCUUGCCAGUGGAGACGGCGGCUGCAAAGCUGAUGCUGGACAAAACACAUCCGCCUUUACCUCGCCUGCCGAUGGACCAAAAUGCAUACAUUUUUGGGAACAUCGGAGAACAUAAUGUCGUUAUUACUACCUUACCGACUGGCGCAUAUGGAACUACAUCAGCCGCAACGGUUGGGAUGCAGUUGCUCUCUAGUUUCCACGCUAUCCGCUUCGGCUUGAUGGUCGGUAUCGGCGGCGGAAUACCAAGCAGCAAUGCAGAUAUCCGACUCGGGGAUAUUGUAGUGAGCCAACCAACGGACACUUGUGGAGGCGUGAUCCAGUACGAUUUAGGCAAAGCACUGAGUGGCGGCCAAUUUAAGCGAACAGGAAUGCUUAAUCGACCUCCUAAGGUUCUGUUGACCGCUCUCGCGACUCUCCAGGCGCAUCACCUCACGGAAGACAGCCAGGCUGUCAGAUUUAUUUCCAACCUGGAAGCCAAACUAUCGCCCCACAAAGCUACUAAAUUCACGCGACCGACGCAAGAGGACUGUCUAUUCCAAGCAGAAUAUGACCAUGUCAUAUCCGAUACCUGUGUUGAUUGCGAUCGAUCUAGAUUGGUUUCACGAACUCCACGAGAGCACCAAGAACCAGUAAUUCACUACGGACUCAUCGGAUCGGCAAAUCAAGUUGUGAAGGAUGGCAGGCGGCGAGACCAGCUGGCUCGAGACUUAGGUAUAUAUUGUGUGGAGAUGGAAGCGGCCGGACUGAUAAACGACUUUCCGUGUCUGGUCAUUCGGGGUAUCUGCGACUACGCCGACUCACACAAGAAUAAACAAUGGCAAGGGCAUGCGGCAGCGGCAGCGGCAGCCUAUGCGAAAGAGCUUCUCUUGAUAGUUGCAACCGAUCAGAUUAACUGCACACCAACUGCAAGAGACACACUCGCAGACUCUGUUUACCGCUUUGAUGUCCCUUUGGACCUGACGGAUGUACCAGUAAUUGAGAAUUUUGUGGGACGGCAAGGCGAGCUAGACCAACUCUGGCAGUAUUUACGGCCCACGGAUACCCAGUCACGAAAGGUUGCAAUUAUUCAUGGGCUUGGGGGGAUGGGAAAGACACAACUAGCGAUCCGAUUCGCACGAGACCACAAAGAUGAUUUUACUGCUAUCUUCUGGCUAAGUGGCAAGGAUCGAGGCACGCUAUUACAAUCUUUGAGCUCUAUCCUGCCCCGAUUGCCAGGGCAGUCGUGUGCUGAUAGGGCAAUAAAUGACGAGGAGGUAGAGCAACGAGCUAGAGAUGUGUUGAAGUGGCUAACAAUAGAGGGAAACUCACGCUGGCUGAUCAUUUUCGACAAUAUCGACCAAUAUUCCCCUUUCAAUGGCUCCAUUGGUGAUGCAUAUGAUAUUUUUGAAUUCUUCCCUGGAGCCGACCAUGGCUCUGUUCUAAUUACCUCUCGGUUGCAACGGUUGACAGAGCUAGGAAAGUCAUUUCCUAUCCAUAGACUUGACUUGAAGAAUGCGAUUCAACUGCUCUUACAAAGCAGCCAUCUAUCAAUGAGAAAUAUAGCUAAAGAGCUUAAGAGCAAUCCAGAUACCGUUGCCCUUGCGAGCCGUCUAGAUGGCCUUCCAUUGGCAAUUGCCAUCGCUGGGGCAUUUAUGCGUGAAACUGGAACCAGCAUCACUGAGUACUUGCAGUAUUAUUACGCAUCUUGGUCUGAUCUACAGCUGCAAUCAAAUCCUGAACGUCAGUACCAGCAAGGCAAUAUUCUGCAAACAUGGAUGAUCUCAUAUCGUGAGAUUCAACGGCGGGACGCGAACGCAGCUAAACUGUUACUGUUUCUUGCUUGUUUCGAUAAUCGAGAUAUAUGGUUUGAACUAAUAAAAGGUAGCUGUUAUAGUUCGAAUCUCCCAGCUUGGCUAGAAAAGACUACAUCAAGCGGAAUCGCGUUCAAAAUUGGUGUCAAGGCUCUUAUCGGGUUCUCUCUACUGGAGGCUAAGGAACAAGAAGGGAGCUACGCUAUGCACCCAGUGGUACAAGACUGGUGCAUUCACCUUGCUAGCGGAAGCAAAACUCUGGAUUCAAUUCAGCUCAAUGAACUGGCUUUGGUAUCUGUUGGGUAUACCGUCCCUAGCGCAAGUACCAGAAAUUAUUCCGAGCUUCAGCAACGGCUUAUUCCACACGCGAAUUAUGUACGUUAUAGGGGCUGUCCAGGCCAUGAUAUUGCGGUGUGGGGAGCAUUCCAUGGCUUAGGGAACCUCUACUCUGAUCAGGGGAAGCUCAAAGAGGCAGAGGAGAUAUACCAGCGAGCCCUGGCAGGCAAAAAGAAGGCCCUUGGUCCUGAUCAUACAUCCACUCUCGAUACAGUCAAUAACCUUGGGAAUCUCUACAAAGAUCAGGGGAAGCUGAAAGAGGCAGAGGAGAUGUACCAGCGAGCUCUGGCAGGUUACGAGAAGGCCCUUGGUCCUGAUCAUACAUCCACUCUCGAUACAGUUAACAACCUUGGGAAUCUCUACUCUGAUCAGGGGAAGCUGAAAGAGGCAGAGGAGAUGUAUCAGCGAGCCCUAGCAGGUUACGAGAAGGCCCUUGGUCCUGAUCAUACAUCUACUCUCGAUACAGUCAAUAACUUUGGGAAUCUCUACAAAGAUCAGGGGAAGCUGAAAGAGGCAGAGGAGAUGUACCAGCGAGCACUGGCAGGUUACGAAAAGGCCCUUGGUCCUGAUUAUAAAACAUACCUACCGACUCUCAAUACAGUUAAUAACCUUGGUCUUCUCUACUCUGAUCAGGGGAAGCUGAAAGAGGCAGAGGAGAUGUACCAGCGAGCCCUAGCAGGCUACGAGAAGGCCCUCGGUCCUGAUCAUAGUAGGGUCCGGCAACUUGUAAAUGGGUUAAAUGCCUUAGGUAUUACAGAUGUAAAAUAG